AUGAAGAAUUGCAUCAAUCUCAUAAAACUGAAUUUGCGGAAUAACAAACUUGAAGGAGAUCUUUCGGCAUUUAAUUUCUCAAUGUUUCGCCAUCUUCGCACGAUCGACCUUGGAAGCAAUAACUUCACAGGUAGCUUCCCAUCGACUCUUUAUUCAUGCAAGUCACUAACUGCAGUAAGGCUUUCCCGUAACAAUAUAGAGGGAGAAAUUUCACCUGAAAUAGUUGCAUUGGAAUCAUUGUCAUACCUCUCGCUUGCCCAAAACCGAUUAACGAAUGCCACUGCAGCAAUCAAGAUUUUGACAGGUUGCAAGAACCUCAGUGUUCUAUUCCUUUGUAAAAACUUCAAGGGUGAAAUGAUUCCUGAUGAUAUUACCUUCUCAUAUGCAUUUCCAAAUCUCCAGGUUUUGGCUUUGAGUAAAUCACAAUUCCAGGGUCAAGUUCCUUCCUGGAUAAGUAAUCUCAGGAAAUUACAGUUCUUGGACUUAAGUUUGAAUCAAAUCACCGGUUCAAUUCCACGGUGGUUAGGGACUAUGACAAGUCUAUUCUACAUCGACUUGUCUUAUAACCUUCUUUCCGGAGAGUUUCCGAAGGAACUCGGCGGAUUGCCAAUGUUGGUAUCAGAAUUACAGGCUGCGAAAAAAAUUGGUGGGAGCCGCUUAGAGUUACCUCUCUUUGUUCCUCCCAAUAUCAAUGCUUCUAAUGAAGAAUACUAUAGUCUCCUCAGCUUACCACCGUCGAUAUUCCUCCAAAACAAUAGUCUCAGUGGCAGUAUCCCCAUUGAGAUUGGCCAAUUACAAUUUCUUCAAUUGCUUAAUCUCAGCAAUAACAAAUUCUUUGGAAACAUUCCGGAUCAAAUAUCGAAACUCACUAACUUGGAGAGAUUGGAUCUAUCUGGAAACAAUUUAUCUGGUGAAAUCCCUGCCUCGCUCAGUGGUCUCUACUUCUUGUCGGAGUUCAGCGUCGCGAAUAAUAAUCUUCAUGGUCUGAUACCUUCAGGAGGUCAGUUUCAUACUUUUUCCAUCCCCAACUUUGAAGGAAAUCCAGGUCUGUGUGGUGAUAUUAUAGAAAUCUCAUGUUCUAUUCGAACAAGAACGAAUAAUAAUCCUGUUCCUUCUCCAAGUGAAUCUUCAAAAAAGGAGCUUGUUUAUGGACUCACUGCUGGAGUUGUUUUCGGAUUCAUUAUUGGGUCCGUAGGUGGGAUUUUUUACCCAAUUCGUGUAUAUAGUUUAUUUAGAACUCUCUGA